GAAAGAUAGCCCACCCAACUCCACCACUGUCCCGCCGCUGCAAUCCUCUGUCAACCACCGGAAAGAAAAACCCACUUUGCCGCCGUCCUUUCCUCUCUCCGCCAUCUCGGUUAUCUGCCACCUCGCUUUCCCACUGGUUUACGAAAGAUGCACAAACUUUCCUUCAAAAACCUGAAAUCCACAGCGGAGAACCUGUGGAACUCACAUUUCGUCCGGCUGAGGGGGUCGAUCAAAAAUGGCAGCAGAGCCCGUUCCCUGAACCCCACGGCCAGUCUGUCCAAGGGAGUUGAGGAGAGGCCCUCCCAGCCCCUGCCGAGGAACGAGGAACUGGAUCUCGCUGCGGCGGUUCAGGACAUUCGGACGGGCCAGGCCUCCCUCUACGAGGAGAUGAUGGACGUCGUCGACCUGGUGGCGGCCAUGCAUGACAAAUUCGACGCUCAUCAGAAGCAGAUGGAGGCGCUGGGGGACAGGGUGCGGGCGAAUGAGGUUGGCGCCACCAAACUCGAUCAAUACCUGUGCAUGUUGGAUCAGACGAUUAACUUAUUUCAGGAGAAGGCGGCGGACCUCGGAGGCCAGUGUGAAUGUCCCAACGCCCACUGGGAAGAGCAUCCUGAGGAGAUGGAGGAGAGGGAGAUGAUGGACCUCCUCCACCAGAUCCUGAUGCCCAUCGCCCAGGAGGAAGGCCCCGAAAGGCUGAGAGAGCCCUCGGCUCCCAAUCCCGGGGAGAAUAGAUGGGAUCCGAUGAAGUCCGUGAGGCAAACCCCUUGGGAAAACCCCGCCCACAUCUCGGAACAGGCCGACGCAGAAAUCUACGUUUACCCUGACUCUGGCGCCUGGAUCGAUCUCGCCUUUCCCCUUGGGAGAAAAUGGCGGGUUCUUCUGAGCGCCACCAGAUUGGAAGAAUUGAUGCACUGGAUUCUGACCAGGUCAUCCUUCUUGGAGAUGCCACAGCAACGCUCUGCCUUUUCUGGUCCAAUCGCCUGCCUGAAUACCCUGUGCCUCUCCACUUUCAAUUACCUCUAUUGGCUCUACCUCUCCUUGAAGGAACGAGUAACUUGGAUGUAAGGAGUUCGAGAGAUUCUAUUGCCUUGACUUCCUUGGGUGGCAAAUAAAGGCCGAUUAAAAUAA